AUGAAGGAAGCAGACACGGUCGAGGCCAAUAGUGACGGCCAACAGGUCGAUGAGAAGGUCGGAGAACGGACCUUCUGCAGGGACGAAGUCGGAAGAGGUGUACCGCAAGUGGGUCAGUUUGAUAGCAUGCUGGAGAUGCUGCCGGAGGAUAUGGGUGAUGCGCCGUUUGGCCUGUGGGCCAAUGGAGGUGAGUCAGGAGAGGAAGCGGCGGGUGGGCUGGGGAGCGCCUACCACGAGAAAAACGACAUGGGGUUCAGUUUUGGUGGGCUGGGGCCGGUGGCCGGGGGCGAGGGGACGCAGCCCAUAGACAUUUUGCCGGCAGCCGGCAGAAACAAUUACUUGAACCUGCAGAAUGGGGAGAUUGACCAGCUGUGGCACUUUAAUGUGGACGAGUUCAUGAUGACGCCGAGUGAGCAAUCUGGCAUGAGCGAUGGCGCGACAAUAUCGCAGCCGAACUCGUUCACUUCGGACGCGGCCCUUGGCAUGCCUGGCUCACAGCUGGUCCCUAGCGACGUGCAAGAUGGUGUGCCGUUCUUGGCGGACGCUCGCCCGAUGCAGAGACGCAGCAGUGCUAGCGUGGGCCAAGGCGACAGAGCUUGGGACGGCGUAUUCAUGUCUGGGCAGGCGUUGCGCCCCGGUUAUGAGCAUGACAUGGGAUUCUUUAGCCCUGCUAUAUUCACUAACGGCGCGCGCAUUUUGGAUGGAAGGGCUACAAUGCAAGACAAUCUGCAGGUUCAAGAUUCAGGACCUGGAGAUUUGAACGCAGUACCACGGCCGCUGGCGGCUCCCAAACGCCCUCCUGGUCAUUUGAAGACCAAUUCGAUAGCAGAGGAUGGUCAUAUUCCCCUUUCUUCUCACACAACUACGAACGCGAUAAAGAAAACCCAACUUACAAGACAGCCUUCCUCAUCAUCUCUCUCCUCUUACCGUAAAGGCCCACAGAAUAAUGCAUCAUCUGCUGACGGCUGCACAAAGCCGCAGACGCAAUGCUUCAACUGUAAGACGUUCAAGACACCACUUUGGAGGCGAGACUUGCAGGGCAAUACCUUAUGUAAUGCAUGUGGGCUCUUUCAAAAAUUGCACGGAACGAUGCGACCGCUAUCCUUAAAGAGUGAUGUGAUCAAGAAACGGAAUACAAAGAAGCGGGCCAGAAAGGCGGAACAAGAUGCACAGAAAGCUGCAAAUUCUGUAAUCCCGAGGAAAGUCUCGGGAUCCCUACAACGCGGCGCUACAGACUAUUCUAAUGGAGCAGGAUUAGAAAAUGGCCGGACACACAAUGAACUGCAAGCAAUGAAAUAUCCUUCACGGAGGGUGUAUGGCUCGCCUACUAAGGUUGGUAAUGUUCAAAGUGGCCAUACCGGUAUGGAUUUCGCUGGCGGCAGACAUUAUAGAAAGAGCAGCCAAGAAGUGCCAUUUUUCCCGGUCAACGAGACAUACCGACUGAAUUCAAGCGAUUUGAUGAAGCACAACAGCCGGAUGGCCUCCUCUUCUCAGAAUGGCACGCGAAAAUCACGACAGGGAAGCGCUUCAAGUUCUACUUCGAGCAAGUCAUCAUCCAGACAGGUUGUCCCAAUCCUGCCGAAACCGUCUUCAUUGGAUACAACGAUACCCCACCAAUCUCUCUCGAGCACCAUGUCUCUAUCUAACCUCCAAACUUAUAACAGUACCAUGAACAGUACUGCUUCAUCGCCACGGUACAUGAACUCCCCCAGGGGCAGUAAUGGUGCAAUAUUAUCGGCAACUUCCCCUAUACAGUCAAGCGGUAUGCUAUCUACAUCAGCCGGCUGCGGGUCUGCUACCAUCACUAUUCCUCGAAAGAACUCCUCUCGUGGAGUAUCGCAGUCCUUAUCCUUCAUGGCUCAGUCUUUGCAGCAAUUACAAAACCAAAACUCCAAUACUUUAAGUUCAUCGGCCCAGCAGACGUUACCUGUCUCUAAUGUUGCAGGCAGCGUUUCUCCCCAGCAUCAAACCAGUAAAUCUCCCUCGUCUCCGGAUCUGUUUUCUGACCAGUCUUCUAGAGAUCCGAUGUGCACGGAAUCCAAAUCACAUACUUCCUUACUUUCUCAGCAGCUGCAACAAAAUCAUGGACACAAUGGCCUAAAGCCAGCGCAGCCUCAAUUUCAAUCCCCCGAUACCCCGGCAGCUGUCCCUUCGCAUAAAAGCAUGCUUGUGUCUACUGCCGUCUCUCCAGCGUUGCCAUUUCAGGCAGUGAAUGCUACUGUCUCGCCUAGACAUAGCUACGCAGUAUCAAUGCAGCAGCAACGCGGUGUACUGACUCACGACCAACAGAUAAAGCGUUCUUCGUCCCUAUCGCCAAUGAACGGUGACGCUGCUAAUCCUGCAAGACAUCAAAAGUCGGCCUCAGGCACCCGAAUCAAAGAAAGUGUUAUGGAGGAUUUAGAUUGGUUAAAGUUCAGUAUAUGA